AUGUUUAGAUUACUUUCUGCUAAUACACAGCAGACGCUUAGGCCUGCUAUUUUACUGAAAGUUAGAAGCAAUAAAGCUAAUAUAAGUCUCCCAUCGAGUAGCAUACAAGUGAAUCCACCAUCUCCGGCACAAUAUAAUCUAACAUGUCAAUUUACGAGACACAAUUCCAGUGCUUCGAGCCAGAAGACUAAGAGUUCAAAGGUAGAUGCUUUUGUUAACAAGGCACAAAGAGAUCCAGUAUUACGUGAAGCACUCGAUAGUGAAGCGAAUUCAAAGUUGAACUAUUUCAAAGAACAGCUUUCAUUGGCAUUCCAAUAUAGAAGCGCUAAAGAUCGUGAUAGUCAAAGAGCGUUUGUGGCGACUGUGGAUAACCUUUUCAAGGCGUUCGAAGACGAGAGCUUGCGUUCGUCUUAUUCUUCUAGAGAUUUGUACAGCUAUACCCAAAUUUUGAAUUUUUCAGUUUAUCACAAUAGAACCAAUAGGUUGUCUAGUUCAAGAAACAGAGAUAGUGACCAGUACCAAAACGAGAACUUACAUGAUGAGGUGUUGAUUAAGUCUGCGGUCUUGAACUUGAGUGAAACCAUUAUCAGUGGCGAAUUCAACAAGAUUUUGAAUGCAAAUAUUUUGCUGUAUUUGUUUUACUCCAUGAAACAAUUCCAAUUGUAUCCAGAAAUGCUUAACUUAUGGGAAAACGGUGUUAAUGAUGGCGAAACUGGGAAAUUAUUUUUGAACGAAAAGAUAUUGGCUGUUAUCUUGCCAAUUGCUUAUGAACAAAAGAGAUUCUCAUAUGAAGAAAUUUUACAUAUCUAUGAAUUGAAUACUAAGGAGCUCUCAACGGUACAACACGAAUUGUUAUGUUCUAUCGGAAAAAUUGCUAUUGGAUCUGGUGACUACUCUCGUGGAUUGGAUUCAUUGGAAGCUUUAUUGCAAUUAUACGAAUCAAAACAACAAAGUACGCAACAUGUAUUAGCCUCCUUAGGUGAAUUACACUUGAACUUUAUUGGAUCGUGCAAAGAUAUAAAAAUUUCGAAACACUUUUUUGAUAAAGUUGUUCAGUAUGACUUGCCAUAUUACGUUUGUUUGAAGGUUCCUUAUAUCCAAUCGUUGUUACAAAAUUGUUUUGAGCUUAAUGAAUCGCUUGAUAAUAUAAUCUAUUUCUGGAAGUCUACUAUCACCCAUUACAGCAAUGAAAAGAACUCGGCAGGAUUAAAUUCCCGUUAUUCUAUUUUAAACAAUACUUUUUUCACGAUAUUUUUCAAGAUUUACCCAACCUUGAAUGCCGAAUCGUUCAACAAAUUGAGAGAAGUUAUUGCUUUGUAUGCGGAAAUUAAGCCAGUUGAUGAAGUCUUCUUGAAUACUAUCAUUGGCAAUUAUUCUUGGGGUGACAAGAAUGUUUUGGAACAAUUAAUCGAAAAUUAUUCGAUCUAUAAUGUCAAACGUACUCCUGUCUCUUAUCGUAUUUGUUUGAAAAAGACUGGUGAAUUACCCCAAUAUACUAAUGAAGAUAUCUUAAUUAAGUGGAAUGAUUCGUUGCAGCAUUUAGACCAAAAUGGAUUCAACUAUAUUCCUAUUGCAGAUUGGGCAGCAUUGCGUGAUGCCACGAUAUUAUCGAAUAGCGGAUCUGACAGAAAGGAUUUCUAUUUGGCUGUGGCCAAUCAAUAUAAAGAUUAUAUUCAAGACCAAAGAUCUUGUAUAAGGUUUGUCAAAUAUUGGUUGAAAAAGAGGGAACAUUUAAAAUCGUUCUCUACGCUAACGUUUGGUUCAGACGCAGACUUUUCAAAUGAAGUAGAUAUUGUUGUACCCCAAUUUCGCCAUUUGAAGCCUAACAUUAAUUACCAAAAAAUUUCAUCGAAAAUUAUCGGAAAAUAG